AUGGCUAAUCCAAUUCUAAUUCGUCCAUGGUCUCGCUUGGCCUCUUUGCGAUCCCCUUCUGCUGCAGAGUCACAUCCUAAACCUCAGCUUCCACAACCUUCUCUCAAAACAACAAACACUAACUCUCAUGACACCAAUGCCACUGUUAUUGCCACCAACUCUCUACCAACAGCACCAGAUGUUCACAGCCCAAUCCACUCACAAAACCUCAAAGUCACUACCCCUAUGAUCCUUCCACCUGCCAAAUUGAAGGUUCACCCUCAGCCGGUGGUAGAAGUCACCAUUGAAAAGCCUAGUGGAAAUGGAAAUGCUUCAUUGAAGCAUGUAUCAGAAGAAACUAAAAACCAAGGCAUUGACCCAAAUGAAAGCAAAGAAAAUGAGGGCCAUGGCGUAAGGGUCAUAACAAUUUCAGGGGAAAACAGAGGUGCUUACAUGCAAAUAACACAAUCCCAAAAGAAACAGCCCAUUCACAAGAUGAGGAAUUCUGAUGGUGAGAAAGUCAGAAAACUAUCUUCUCCUCCAAUCAGAGCUUUGUAUGGAAACAGCAACGUGCAGUGCGUCAACAACUCAAUGCUAUUCAACACUAGUUUAAGCCACCAUGAACUAGGAGUGCACCUUAUUGUCCCAAAACAACCAACAUCCCUAGGAUUGCAUCUCAAGGAACGUGAUAAAGUUGAACGCAAUUGA